AUGUCUUCUUCCCUAGGUGGUAUGAAAGGACUGAGUAGACCACAGGCGGGAAAUUUCCUUGGAUUCUCGAUUGAAUUAUCUGUUGCGAACCAAAUGCUUGGAACGAAUUCGAGCCGUUUGGCUGUCCCUUUCCUCAACCAUAUUGCGACUAUCAAGUCUCGCGCUGGCGCAGCUCCGCCAAUCCGUGUGGGAGGUAACACUCAAGAGAAAGCCCGACUCUUUUUUACCAACUUCCAGGGUUACGAGGUAAUCAAUAAAUCCGUGAACAUGGACGCUUCUAAUCCGACUUUGACUCCGGACGUCGAUAUUAACGUGGAUUUAUUCUACAUGAUGAUGAAUAUCAGCGGUCUCCUUGGCGUAGAGUGGUACUCGGGUUUGCCAUUCAAAGAUCCGACAAAUACCACCGGGAUUGCGGCGAUAACGGCUACGAUAGAAGAAAUUAUGGGUGAUAGAAUCAUCGGUCUCCAGAUGGGCAACGAACCUGAUCUGUACGGAAUUGGUGCUCGUUCACGUCCUCAGGGAUACUCUAUUGGGAAUUUUAUGGACGAGUGGGGCGCUGCUAUUGCUGCCAUGCAGCAAAAUCCCGGGAUUACCAAUCCACAGAUCCUUCUUGGCCCCACGGUCUGUUGUAAUAUUGACGGGCUAUGGAGUAUCGACCAAGUCAUUCAGGCGGGAUACGUCACCGGAUUUAACAAUCAGCUGAGGGUGCUCGCUGUGCAACGGUAUCCACAUGAUAACUGUGCCGUAGAUAAUCCACUCCCACCGGAAGUGCUGUUCCCUCAAUACAUGAGGCAUGAUAUGCUCACUGGCAUGUCAAGUAGCUAUACCCAUGCAUCUGCGUACGCCAUGGCUCAGAACAAGCCCUUUGUGAUGUUUGAGACGAACACUGGCUCUUGUGGUGGUUUUGGUGGUUUGUCAGAUAGUUUCGGUGCUGCCAUGUGGGUUCCUGCUGGAAUAGACUGGGCUUUGCAAUUGGCAUUCACCAACUUUACCAACGCGCUAUACCACUUUGGUGGUCAAAAUGUGGCAUAUAAUCCUUUCACGCCUGCACCUGGAUCAGUCGACACAGAAUUGUGGACGACCAAUGCUCUCUAUUAUUCAUAUCUCAUGGUCGCUGAAGCUCUCGGUCCUUCCAAUCAGUCUCAAGUUAUAGAUCUCACUCUAAACAGUAAUAACGUGUUCACUCCAGGUUACGCCAUAUACGAGAACGGCAACCCCACAAAGGUUGUUUUGAUCAAUUAUUUGGCCGAUCCUAGCGGGGCUUCAGAUUUAACUGUUACUGUCGCUAUUGGAGGGGGGACCAGUGGUCAACCGGCUGCUAAUCCAUCGACCGUCAGUGUUAGACGUCUAUCUGCUGCGACCAUCUCGCAGAAAUUCAACAUUACAUGGGCUGGGCAGAAUAUGGGAUAUUACCUUGAAUCUGAUGGACGAUUAAGAGGGACCCAGGUCACCGAGACGGUCAAUUGUGAUCCUAACAAUGGCUGCCAGAUCAAAGUGCCCGCGCCAGGCGCUGCUCUUGUUUUCCUCACGCAAGAUGGUCUUAAUGCUGUCACACCGCCAAAUGAGGAUACCAUGACGUUCCCCACCACCACCCAAACUGGGCGUUUUGCUGGUGGCGCCACUAUCGACAAUCAGGUUCUUCUUACGAUGAAUGGACGUGGUGGGAAAGCCGGGCCAACUGGUAAAAGCACGAGUCAAGGGAAAAAUGGGAAUAACUCGGCAUUCAGAAGGGCUGAGGUUGCUGUUAGCCUUGUCCUUGGUGCCUUGGGCGUUGGAGCGAUGAUGAUUGCACGAGUUCCUUUGGUGUGA